AUGGUGUCUCUGUUCAAACUAACCGUGCUUCAAUCUUCAUCUUCGCGACGGUUGCUGUCUUCAUUAAAGGACGAGUUGUUCAGCGACAAGUAUGUUAUCUUCUUAUAUUAACCAGGUUUUUUAUUUAGAGAUUGUCACGUUGUAGGCCUUAAAAACGGAGCUAUCGCUUUCUGGCAUCCCAAGAAAGAGAUACCAUACGAGGUAACUCGUGCAAUAACCGCAGAGGAUCUGAAGAAAGACAAGGAGGCACGAGGUGCUAAAUACCAACUACCAUACGGAGGACAAGGUCCUCCUGAUCCGAUUUUAAGAGAGGUCUUCCACAGUGGUGCCACAGAAUUCAAGACCAGGUAAGAGGCACCUUAUUAGCUUAAUUUCUGUUUAGGACGCGUGAAGAAAGAUUAUAUGCAACUUCGGCCCCUCUCCCUAAACGAAAAUGAUCCUCAAAGCAUUAUGGUUUGGUCGGAGGUCUUUCGAAGACGGUCUGAAAAUUCAAGAACAUCUCUUCCAAAGUAUUCGACAGAUUCCCGGCAAAAAGUUUGUUGAUUUCAUUGUUUUCUGAAUAAAUCUCUUAGGAAUUACAUCUGUUUGGUUGAACAUGACCCGGUUUACACUGUUGGAUUGAGGGAUACAUCUUAUGGAAAAACCGAAGAAUUAGGGCUCAGGGCAACCGGUGCCGACUUCCAGAGGUGGGAAAUAUUAAUCAUAUAAACGAUUGAAUGCAGAAUAAAGAGAGGAGGUCUCAUUACCUUCCAUGGGCCUGGCCAACUUGUUAUCUAUCCUAUAAUCGACCUCCGUUCUAUAAAAGUGAAUGGUAAAAGUUUGGGAGUGAGGACAUUUGUGGACUGUCUGGAAGAAACUGUGAUCAGGCUGUGUUCUCGGGUCUACAACAUCAAGGAUGUUGGACGAACACAAGAUCCAGGUAAUAAAUCAUAAAAGUUCUCACAAGGAAAGUACUUCUAAGGGUAUGGAGUUAUAGGUCGAGACAUAUGUCAAAAAAAUCGCAAAAUUUUUUUGAUUCAGGAUAUAAGGAGAAGCCUAACAGACAAGAAGUCGCGGUUUCUGGCCACGAAACCCGAUUUGAUUUGUAUGUCACCAUCCUUAUAUGUAAAUAUGUAUUAGCCGCCCAGUUUUGGUUUGUAAGGGCGAAAAACCCCUCAAGACGUAGUAUUAAUCAAAUUUAAUAUUUUAAAACUUGUCAAGAUGCCAUUUACUUUAGCUCAAACCUUUUGAAUUGAUAAAAACCUGGUCAAAAAGGCAUUUGCGCGGUGUUGCGAGAAAAGUUCUGAGGGGUUUUUCGCCCUUACAAACCUAAUUUUUACAUAUAAGAGAGGUUCCGGGUAAAUUCAAGUUUUUUUCGGCCAUGGCAAUUUUUUUCUUCUGCACUGUACAAGGCACACAAUAAACAAAAACUACGCGAGAUGCGAAGGAUUCUUUCCAUUGUACCGUUCAGGACGCGUCUUAUCCGGUCUUGAGCUCUGCAAGUUGCGAGAGAUAAAAGUCGGUAUGGCCGAAACGCGUGGCUGAGCAUCAUGGCCGAAAAAAAUGAAUUUACCCGGAACCCCUCUUAUAUUCUGAAUUAGAAAGAUUUUGCGAUUUUUUUAUGUCUCGACCUGUAACUCCAUACCACAUAGAAGUACUUUCUUCAUAAAUGUUUUCCUAGGUGUUUGGGUUGGGAACGAUAAGAAAAUCGCAGCGAUUGGAGUGCAAGUCCGGCAUGGGAUCACAAGUCACGGAAUGGCCCUGAAUUGUAAUGUGGACCUGAAAUGGUUCGAUCAUAUUGUUCCUUGUGGAAUUGCGGGCAAAACGGCCACAUCGUUGUCUAUGGAGCUCGGAACAGAAAUCAACAUUGGUGAUGUCUUACGCCCACUCACAGUCACAUUAGAGGAUGUUUUCCAAAGUAAAAUCGAUUUCGAAACAGUUGAGGGCGGAAAUUAUGGGAAAAAGUAA